UUUAGUUAACACGUUAUUUUCUCAUAAUAAUUUACAAAGCACGACAGUGAAUCUGAACUAAGUUCUUAUAAGGAAAAAUUCAAUCAAUAUAUUAUAAAAAUUAUAAUUAAAAGGUUAAAUUGUCAUUCAGUACAAACAUAAAAAGAAAAAAGUCAUUAAGGAAUAAAAACUAAGCGAUUCUAUUAGAAUCGUUGUUUUGACACUUAAAAAGUUCCUAAAGAAACCAAAGAAAACAAUAGUUUCGGCAUAAAGACCAGAGCACAAAAAUGUAUACUGUUUCCAAAGGUCCCAGUAAAAUUGUGGCCAAAACACGCAGAGGUUUAUCGCAAAACUUUGAAAAAUUUGAAACAAUUAAGGAAAGCAGCAGGCGCAAUAACGACUCAAACAGCCCCGAAAAGAAUGUUGUUCCGCGGCCAGUUUUUCAAACCAAAAAGUUUUAUACCCACACAAAGAUUGUUGAAGAAGAGGCUAUUACGCCCCAACAUGAGGAAAUCAUUAAAUACAUAAAUGAUUCUUGGAAUAUAGUCGUAGCUCAAAAUCCGUACGAUCGAACGCCGAGUAAUCUACCCACAGCUGAUGCCAAUAACAACACCGCUACCUCCCUGGCUAAGGCGUAUAGCAGUUCGGCACAAACGGCUUCUUCACUUUACUGCGUUGAGCCACCUAGUCCAGUUUUAAGCGAUUUCAAGCCUUUUGAUCUGGAAUCAUGGUGGGGUCGUCGCUUGUUUAACAAUAUCACAAAAAGUCUGUGAAUUUAUUUUUCGCAUUGUUGCGUUUAACUUUUCAUAAGUAUAACUUGGUACUUUUAAGCUUAAGUUAAAAUGAAAAAGAAGGAAAAAAUCGCUUGCAAUUAUUAUGCAUGUAUUUGAGCGUGUGAAUCAUUCAACGCUUCCGGCAUAAUCCUUUUUCCCCAUAGACUAUCUCUUUAAGGCAACAAUUAGUUAUUUUAGUAAUUCUUCCUCAUAAAACUUGAUAUGUUAAAUCGCCUUUUGCUUUGUUUUGUAAAAUUUUACAUUUAUUUAAAUAAGUUUCAAAAUUUAAAACCCGAUACCUUUUUGCCUAAUUUUAUUCUAUUAAAUUUAAUUGAAAAUGAAAAAAAAGCAACGAAAAGUAAAGAUGCACGCAUAGACACAACGAAUCUUUAAAGUGAUCUUUUGUUUUUAUUCUUGCUUAGUGGAAAUAAUAAUAAACGAUUCAUUUACUUUGACUAACCUUAUUGCUGCAAAUGCAUUGAGCCCGUUCGCAUAGCUGCAACCUUUUUUAAUGAAUUCUUGCAAAGUUUUGAUUAAACUGUUUGGCGUCGUGCUUGACGUCGUGAUUCUCUUUACGUUUCCUCAUCGAUCUUCUUUUAUUAUUCUCAUUAAUGAUGCUACUGCUCUUGUUAUCGUUAAUAUUGGUAACUACGUUUCUUAUUAUUAUCGUCACUCGGUGCCCGAAUUAACUACCAAAUCGCCUGAGUAGUCGAGUAGGUAAGAACCAAAGUCAAUUUUCGCGGGUUUGAAUCUCAAGUCUACUGAGUGCUAUGUCGGGUAAGGGCGUAAUACUAAUCGAUUGGACACACAUCCACUGGGUGGCGGCCACUACCUCCCUAUUUUUUCCUCGUUCCUGCUCUUCUAUCUUACCGUCCCAUGUUACACGAAUAGGGGACGUCUCCCGAAUGUGCAAUUCACAGUAAAAAAUUAAAAAUAAAUGAUGACGUCAUAUAUAAAGGAAUUUUCCCGCGAUAACUAAAUUGUCCUUUCUUGUGAAGUGUAGUCCCCUUCGUGUAUGCGAGUAUUAAAAUGAUUUAAAAGAUAUAACCACAUUCCGUACAUAACACUGUUCGAUUAUAUUUUAACAAAAAUCAAUUUUAUCCGAUAAUUGGAAGAGGUCUGCAGGAGGUGCAUGGAAAUCAAAUAUUACUGAUUGCUGAUAAUCGGAGUACACAUCGUGCUUAAUCACAGCUAAAUUUUUAUUCUUGUUACUUUUCCGUAAAUAAACUAACACCCAUGUAAGAGCUUAUAAGUAUUUAAGACACUGCUAGCUUAUGUUCGACUUAAUGCUGGUCUUGGAUAGUCUGCAUUUAAAGUUUUAAAAAGCAAAUUGGCGAAAGAAACAGCAUACGAAAACUUGUUCUUAAAGACGAUCUUCAGAUUACAAUGGAAAUUCUUUCCUCCUAUUGCUUCCAGUAAUAUAAAAGAGGAAAAGUGUAAACGAACGCACUAAAAUAAAUAAUGGAUUUAGGAAAAGAUUACAAGCCUAGAAAAAAAAAAUGAUAGGAUUGAUUA